GAGGGGAGAGCGCGGCGGGUGCGCGCACGCACGGGGCAAGGCGCGGCCCCGCGGCUGUGCGUGCGCGCUCCCGGCCCCCCCCGCCUUCCCCUCUCUCUGUGUCCCUCUCUCUCCCUCUCUCCGCCGCGCUCGGCCGGCUCUGCCCCCCCCUUUGUGCGCGCUCCGAGCCGCCCCCGCAUCGCCGACUCGCCAUGGCCGACGAGAAGCCCAAGGAAGGAGUGAAGACUGAAAACAAUGACCACAUUAAUCUGAAGGUUGCAGGGCAAGAUGGGUCUGUGGUGCAGUUUAAGAUUAAGAGGCACACACCACUUAGUAAACUAAUGAAAGCCUAUUGUGAACGACAGGGGUUGUCAAUGAGGCAAAUCAGAUUCCGGUUCGAUGGGCAGCCAAUUAAUGAAACAGACACACCUGCACAGUUGGAAAUGGAGGAUGAAGAUACAAUUGAUGUGUUCCAGCAGCAAACAGGAGGAGUUUAUUAAAACAAACACACAGAAAAGAACCUGCUACUUUCCUCUCCAGAACUGUGCUCCCACAGGCAACACUUCACAAUUAGAAAAAUGAGACUUGGUUCAGCCACAUCCUGACUACUGCAGUAUAGUUUUCUCUCUUCUCUCUGAUUUUUUUUCUUAUUCCUUUUGUUGUACAUAAAGUAUCUGGUGAUGUGCACAGACAUAAUGCAUAUUUUUUUUUAACUAAAUGGCCAAUGGUAUGUUUUGAUCAACAUUUAAUGGAGAUGGGAUGGGAAAACAAACUGGUUCUGUGAAAAUGCCCCUCUCUCCGUUAGUGGCAUGCUCCUUCUACUUUUACAGAAUCACAGAAUAAGCCGAGUUAUCUUUAUAUUCCAGUAAGUUAUUUUGCUCUCACUGUUCAAAAACAAAAACCUUGUGUACCUUGUUUGAUUGGAUAAUUUCAAUGUUUUUCUUUUAUCAUUGUAAAACCAAGGGCAAUUUUAUAACUUUUUUGUACGUAGCUGUUACAUGUAGAGCAAUCUCUGUCUAAGUAGGGGUAAAUUACUCUUUAAAAAAAAAAAGGAAAAAAAAAAUCCUAGAUAGUUUUCCCUUCAAGUAAAACGUCUUGUUGUUUAAAUAAACUUCUUGUUUAAAAUAA